GCCAGUGCCGGAGCGAUGCCGGGGCUCAUCGGAAGGAGCGGGGCCGGGCCUGAUGCGGAGGGGGCGGUCGCAGGCUGGGCCGGGCGGCAGCGGGAGGAGCAGCGGGAGCAUGGCGGAGGCCGAGCAGGACGGCGUGCCCGGAGCCCCGGGGGCGCCGCGGUACCGGGGAGCGCUGAACCCCGACACGUGGGAGCAGGUGAGGCGGCGGGGCCGGGCUGCGGGGCCGGGCGGGCCGAGCCCAGGGCGCUGUGUGCGUGUCCGUCUGUCCGUCCGCAGGAGCUGGAGGCCAUCCCCAUGUUCAUGAAGCGCUGCCCGGCCGAGAUCGACGCGGCGCGGCAGCCCGAGCUGGCCUGCCUGCAGUCGCUGCUGUUCGACGAGGAGCGCGGCCCCGCAGAGCUGGCCGGGAUGUACAAGAACGAAGGGAACGAGUACUUCAAGGAGAAGGACUACGGGAGAGCCGUGGCCGCCUACUCGGAGGGGCUGCGGAGGCGCUGCGGGGAUGCCGGGCUGGACGCGGUGCUGCUCACGAACAGGGCGGCCGCACAUUUCCACUUGGGUAACUACCGUUCUGCUCUAAAUGAUGCCAUCCAAGCCAAAAAACUGAAGCCCACCCAUCUCAAAGCCGUCAUAAGAGGAGCUCUCUGUCACAUGGAGCUGAAGAAUUUCUCAGAAGCAAUAGCAUGGUGUGAGGAAGGCUUGCAGAUAGACUCAAAAGAGAAAAAGCUUGUGGAAAUGAGAGCUAAAGCUGACAAAUUAAAGCGAAUUCAGGAGCGGGAUGCCAGGAAAGCAAAGGUGAUGGAGAGCAAAGAGCAGUGUCAGAAGGAAAUUUUGCUUGCAGCAAUAAAGGAAAGAAAUAUCAAACUGCUUCUUCAGCCUUCAGAUGAAGAAGAAGUGUCAGAUGGCCUGGCUGAGAUAUCCUUGGAUGGGUUCCACCCUGACAGUGCCACGGGGGCAAAGGUGCACUUAGAUGCUGAUGGCAGCCUGAACUGGCCUGUCCUCUUCCUGUACCCUGAGCACGAGCAGACAGAUUUCACUGUGGCUUUCCAUGAGAACUCCAGGUUUAUUGAUCAUUUAAUGGUGAUGUUUGCUGAGUUACCUCCAUGGGAUUUAGAAAAAAAAUACCUUCCCAACAAUCUUGAGCUCUAUUUUGAAGAUGAAGAAAUGGAAGAAAUGUAUGAGGUGAACCCAGAACACACAUUGCUACAAGUGCUGCAGCACGAAAGGUAUUUUGUAAAGGCCGGGACCCCGACAGUUCUGGUAUUUGCCAAGCGUUCUCCUUUCUCUAAAAAAUACUUCUCUGGCAAGAAAGUGCAUCGACUGUAAUGAGCAAGAAAGAAACGAGGAACCCCGUGCAAGAGGCUGCUGUUUGUCAGCCCAGCUCCAGGCUGCAGCCUUCUGCUUGAACAAAAAUACCUCACACUCUUCAGGGGAGGAAAAUAAUCUUGGCACACAGGGAAACUUCCAGGGGAGCAGCACAGGAGAAGGAAGGGCUAACAUGAGGGGAUUAUUUGUUUAAAAGGGAACCCAGCUGGCUUGCAGAAGGUCUCCUCUAUGAUAGGCUGCAUGUGGUUUUGAAAUAAACCUGAAGCAGUGCCAAAGACUGGCUGUGGUUGCAGUAACAGCAGCUGGGAAUGUACUUCCUUACCUGAGGAGAAUCACAGCUUUGCUCGGGGGUGGGCUGUCACUGCUGGGCUUUAGCAGCAGUGGCCUGGGGAGAUACCUGCCUGCUGCAGCAGGGUGGAUGCAGCCAGGCUCCUGCCUGGCACUCAGCAGCUGCUGUUCUGUCACUGCUUGGCUGUGCUGCUGGCCAGGGUGAGCACAGCUCUUUGUUUGGAGCAGUGUUUGACCAUUUUGAUACCUUACUGAAUGUCCUACAGAACCUGGAAUAAAUGUGGCUAUUUUAAGUAGACUGA